GUAGUCAACACGCCAAAAACCAUUUUCACAUUCCCUUGAGAUCUGUCUUGGAUUAUUUAAUCUAACCAGGUCCAAAUGUAAAUAUAAACCACGCCCAACAUUAGCUUCAAGUAUGUCCCUCCCCCAGCUGGAAGAGCCCACAUACUUUUGUUGAUUGUUUCCUGCAGUCGCGUGACUGACGCUGGGAAGCAGAUAUUGGCACCAGGAGACAAGAUGUCCCUCACUGUGAAAAACCUUUCUGUUACUUACAAUCCUAUCAAUCAGGGCAAUACCUUCACCAGCGGGGAUUUUAUAUCGGGACAAGUCAUUCUGGAUGUAGCGAAGGACACAAAAAUGCAGUCGUUGAGUGUGAAAAUUAAGGGUAAAGCUGAAGUGCACUGGACCGAACGUCACGGAAAAACCACUGUAGUUUACUCGGAUAAGGAGAAGUUUUAUUCCGUGGAGAGAUUUUUUGUUCGGGAGGACAUAACACAUGGAAAUGAGAUGCUGAAAGAUCCAUCAGGACAGCCGUAUUCUUCUGUUGUGGCACCAGGGCGUCAUGUUUACCCAUUUACCUUUCAGUUGCCUCUACAGCACUUCCCACCAACCUUCAAAGGUUCAGUUGGAAAAGUUGUCUACACUUUGGAGACAAAACUUUCGAGAUCAAUGCGUAUUUCCAGCAAAGACAAAACAGAGUUUCAUUAUGUCCCCAGACCAGUUGUGUCCAAUCCUGAACUAAUGUCACCUCAGCAUGGAGCCAAAGAUAAACAAAUGAAACUCUUCUCUUCUGGGAGUGUCUCAAUGAACAUAAACACUGAGAAAAUGGGAUACUACCUUGGAGAGGGCUUGAAAGUUUUGGCUGAAGUUCAGAACAGUUCUUCCCGUACAAUCAAACCAAAAUACUGCUUGUAUGAAAAACACAGCUUUUUUGCAAGAGGCAAGAGGAGACUACACACACAUGACCUGCUUAAAGAUGCAGGGGAACCCAUUGAGCCAAACUCAAAGAAAACUGUCACAAAAGUGCUGUCCAUUCCACCCAGCCUUGCCAUAUCUAUCCUAAACUGUAGGAUCCUCAAGGUUGAGUACAGACUCCGGGUCUACCUGGAUGUGCCAUAUGCCUCAGAUCCAGAGAUUAAAUUCCCAGUUGUGAUUCUUCCUCCUCCGCCUGUCUCAGGGGCUACAAACAGUGACUUUGGAAUCUGGAAUCAACCACCAGGAAGCAAUGUGUACCCCAACCCACCUCCUAUGGCUCCACUUGCACCACCACUUAACAUGGUUGGGCCACCUGGUCAGUUUGGUGCCCCUGGCUACUAUGGACCUCCUCUGAAUUCGUUUCCUGCUCCUGAUUACCCUGGACCACGGGGUCAAUUUGUUCCACCUAGUUUCCCUGGACCUCCUGGUCAUUUUGGUCCUUCAGUUUCAAAUCAGUCUGACCCAUCAGCUCCACCUCCUUAUCAGGAAUAUCAAUUUUAUCCACAGUUGCCAGACCACCCUGAAAAAUCUUGAUAAUGUGAUUUUUAGAAUCACCUUAGAUUUCUUAUGUGUUAUUGUUUUAUCUAUAAUUUUGAACUUUUUAUAUACCUGUAUAUCGUUUUACAUUUUAGGUAGUGAUGUUGACUGUUAAUAAGUAAAACACAUUCUAUACUAUUUAUUUUAUUUCUGAACCUUCAGUAUAGUGUUACAUUGUACAUCCUAUGAAAAAUAUAUUACCUGCUAUAUCUGUUAAAGGGGUUAUAUGAUGCUUUUUAUUUUUUUAUUUUUUUUAAAAGAUCAUUAUUUUGUGUAUUUGGUUUAACAGAAUAUGUUGACAUGCUGUAAUGUUCAAAAAACAUUAUUUUUCAAAUAAUGUACAUUAUUGUAGGUCAUCUAUUGCCACGCCUCUCUCAAACGUUUUCUAUAAAGUCCCUCCUUCUAACAAGCGCAGUUUGCUCUGAUUGGCCAACUGACCCAGUGCAUUGUGAUUGGCUGAAUACCGCAAGCACUCUUCUGAAAUGUAACACCCCUUUCCAUAAUGGUGAGCUUCAUCUUUCAAAAUAAAUGUAAAUACAUUUAAUAAUGUUCUUAGUUUUGCCAUCCGUUUUAAGCCCGAAAAGGGAACAGAGUGAUGUGAAGCUUGUGUGUUUGCAGUACACAAGCCACAGACGGUUAAGACUGCUGACUCCACUGUCUACUUCUCACACACUCACGCAAUCCGCAAAACUCUGCAAUUGAACAGUCAAUAGCAAAUAUUUAAACUAAUAACAAAACAUACUUACAGUAGCUGAUUCAGAAGUGCCAGAUUGUCGUAGCUAAGUCAGAAUGACUAUUUUUUCAUUACCAUCCAUAAAAUGCGUUCGGGUUCUGUUGUAACUUGUAAGUCAUCUUAAAGAUUCCUAAAUGCAUCUACUUUCAGAAGGCCUAAUAAAGUGCUUUUGCUUUUGCAUCUCCCUGACAUGGCAGCUUCAACACUUAACUGCGGUUACUGAAACCAUGCCUUCUUUCUUUGCAUGAACAUUUCUGCGGCAUUACGCAAAUCUUUCCACAUAGUGACGUAGACAUGUGGCAUGUUUGAAUGAGGCGUUUUAGAGUCUUACCUUUGUUAAAGAAUAUCUCUUUGGGUUUGAGACUUUAGGCUUUGCAACUUUACAGAUUUUCUUCAUGCACAAAGAGCUAUAACACUCCAAAGAGAAAGGAAAAAAUUAAAUCUACUGUGUAUA